AUCAGUCAGUCAGUAGAGAAAUCAUAACAAAAUGAGUCAUUUUUAGUGCGAAUUGUGAUUUAGUGAAAAAUUAAUAAAAUGAGGGUGAUUUUGAUUUUGCUCCUUUUUGGAACCACGACGCAGGGGUUUUUUUACAGCGAAGACUACUGCAGCUGGCCGCUGAUUCAGGACCAGGACGUGACCUUGUCAGCCACGUCAAAACUACCCGGCCGGGGCCCGGAACAUGCCAAGUUUGACUCCGUCACGACCACCCGCCCUUUGGCCUGGACGCCCUCCACCUCCAACUACAACCAGUGGCUCAUAAUUAAUCUGAAAAAACCCAAGAAAAUCCACCGCAUCGCCACCCUCGGGUCGGGCCCGAAUUUCGUUCAGGAAUAUUCCUUAGAGACCUCUCAAGACGGGGACAACUGGAGUGCGAUUAGAAACUCCGCUGUGGGCGUGGGCAGUGGGGACUCCAGGGAGUUAUUCACGGGGAACACGGAAUCCGACGCCCCGUUUACGAACGAGUUCCAGACCCCGAUCAUCGCGCAGUAUUUGAGGAUUAACCCGACGCGGUGGCAUGAGCGGAUCUCUUUGAGGGUGGAGCUCUAUGGGUGUGAUUAUGCCCCCUCCACCAUCUCGUUCAACUCCUCUUCGCUAAUCUACCGAAACCUAACCCACUACCCGAUCGCCUCUCGAAAGGACACGAUAAAAUUCCGCUUCAAAACCACCUCCCCUGAUGGAACAUUAAUCUACUCCAAAGGCACACAGUCCGACUACUUCGCUUUGCAACUCCUCGACAACCGGCUAAUCCUCAACAUAAACCUCGGGGGUGGUCAGAUGACCUCGAUAACAGCCGGCUCCCUGCUGGACGACAACCUCUGGCACGACGUCAUCAUCGAUCGUUAUUUAAACCAACUCUCUUUUACGGUGGACCGCGUGGAGGUAAAAGCCGUGAUCAAGGGCGAUUUCUAUCAGUUGGACUUGGAUAAAAUUUUGUAUAUUGGAGGGGUCCCCUUUUCCGACACGGGCCUUGUUACUGGUCAAAAUUUCACCGGCUGUAUGGAAAACUUCUAUUUAAACGACACGAAUGUUAUUGAUAAGUUGAAGAACCCCCCGGACAAUUACUAUGGUGACACGGAGGAGAGUUUCUACAAGAAUAAUACUUUUUUUAAUUGUCCGGAGAGUUCCGUGGUUCCGGUGAGUUUCCUGGAGACGAAUGUUAAGAAUUUUAUAAAGCUCAAGGGGUAUGAGGGGAUUGGAACUUUAAAUGUCACUUUUGAGAUGCGGACCUGGGUGGACUUUGGGGUGGUUUUCUAUCAUAAAUUUACCUCGAGGGGGUUUUGCAAGUUAUACUUUGAAAAGUCAAAAUUCCUGAUCGAAGUGCAACAGCCGGACACGUCCCCUCGACUGGUUUUGGAUAAUUUCCCUAACGAAUUAUUUAACGAGGGACUUUGGCAUCGGGUCAUUUUUAGCAUCACGACGAAUUCUAUCGUGCUGAGUGUGGAUGAGCGGGUCGUGAGGACGUCGAGGCUUAUUAAGAUCCACACCGGGGGGUUGUACCAUUUUGGGGGCACCCCGGAGUCCUCCCUUGACUCCUCCCUGAUCCAGAUCGACACGAAUGCCCACUCCCAACUGACCAAGAACGCCUUAUCGACCUCAACUGGGAUCCAAGCUCCUACUACAUCGACUUUGCAAUCUACUACAAUAAACUACGUGGGUUGUCUGCGGCAGAUCUCGAUUGAUGGGAAUUUCCAGAAUCCACAAGAUUUCGAUAAGCCCACGGCGGCGAUCGUGUUGGACUCUUGUCAGAUGUUGGACAGGUGUAAUCCCAAUCCGUGUGAACAUGGUUCCGUUUGUCGUCAAACCUCCCAAGAGUUUGAGUGUAUUUGCGAUGAGAAUUACACCGGAGCGACGUGUCACAUGCCGUUGUACCCUCUGAGCUGCGAGUCUUAUCGGCAAACGGGGUAUGGGAACAUUGGGGAUAUCAAGAGGGAGGUCACCAUAGAUAUCGAUGGCAGCGGGCCGUUGGAGCCUUUUCCCGUCACCUGCCAAUUCUACCAUGACAACACGGUGGAAACUAUCCUCCAUCACCACUCGGAAACCCCUGUUUUAGUCGACGGUUACGAAGGAAACGGGGCAUUCAACCAAGAAAUCGAGUACGACGCUGGCUGGGGCCAGAUCGAAGUUUUGCUCAAUCGGAGCCUCACUUGUAGGCAGUGGUUACGUCAUGAAUGUCGGAAUUCGAGAUUAUUUAACUCGCCUAGUUUGAUGGAGUCGUUUUCUCCGAGCACUUGGUGGGUUUCCAGGCAAAACACGCCCAUGGAUUACUGGGCUGGGGGGUUGCUGGGGAGCAUGAAAUGUGACUGCGGAAUCCUCGGGCAAUGCGAAGUCCCUGAGAAAUGGUGUAAUUGCGAUUCAGGACUGGACACGUGGUUAUCGGAUGAGGGGUGGUUGACGGAUAUGACUUAUCUUCCUGUUAGGGCGAUCAGGGUGGGGGACACGGGGACGGUUUCGGAUGAUAAGCAGGCUAAAUUUACCCUGGGCCCGUUGGUCUGCACCGGAGAUGCCCUCUUCUCCACCCCAAUAACCUUCCGCCUUGCCGACGCGACCCUCCAGUUCCCCCUCGACCAGUACGGCACGAACAUUUUGUCCACCCACUCCUGGGACAUUUACCUCGAGUUCAAAACGACGACCCAGAACGCCGUCCUCCUCCACGCAAAGGGGCCCACGGAUUUUCUCAAACUAGAAAUCAUCAAUGGGAAUUUAGUGAAAUUUCAGGUGGAGGCGGGGAGCGGGCCUUUGGGAGUCAAUGUUGUGGUCACGGGGAGUCUGGCGGACGACCAGUGGCACUCGGUGCAGGUGGAGAAGAAUAGAAAACAACUCCGCAUCGUCCUUGACGGCUCCCAAACCUCUUCGAUCCUCCAGCCCCCCGGACCCCAGCGGAACAUUUACCUCACCUCUGACCUAUAUCUCGGCGCCACCAUCGAAUCACGUGACGGCUACGUUGGAUGCAUCCGGUCCCUCCUGGUCAACGGGUUAAUGUUCGACUUGAAACAGGCCGGAGAGCUGCAACCUUACGGGGUUGGACUGGGAUGUUUCGGAAAAUGCGGCAGUGGACCGUGUUUGAACAAUGGGACCUGUGAAGAAGGUUACGAUAAGUACACCUGCGAUUGUCGGUUCACUGCUUUUAAGGGGCCGAUAUGCGCGGAUGAAAUCGGGAUAAACCUGGCUUCCAACUCUUAUGUAAAAAUGGAAUUCCGAGGGAGUUACAAGUCCACGAUUGCGGAGAAAUUGAGGGUCGGGUUUACAACCACGGAGCCAAAGGGGUUUCUCGUGGGGCUCUCGAGUAACAAGACGGGGGAGUAUUUGACGUUGAUGGUGUCCAAUUCUGGCCACCUCCGCCUGGUCUUCGACUUUGGCUUCGAACGCCAAGAACUGAUCUUCCCGGACCAGAACUUCGCCACGGGUCAGUACCACGACGUGCAAAUCACCCGCUUGGAUUCUGGAACGAAGCUAAUAAUGAAAGUGGACAAUCUCGAGCCAAAAAUUUACCAUUUUGACGUCAAGAACUCGGCGGAUGCGCAGUUUAACAAUAUCGAAUAUUUGUACAUCGGGAAGAACGAGUCCAUGCGGGAGGGCUUCAUUGGGUGCAUCUCGAGGGUGGAGUUUGAUGAUCAGUAUCCGCUGAAAUACUAUUUUCAGGAGGAUCGGCCGAGUACUAUUUAUAGUUAUCCAGCCACCCUAAUCGAAGACUUCUGCUCCGUGGAACCCGUGACGCACCCCCCUGAAAUCCCCGAGUCCCGGCCCCUCCCGAAGCUCGACGAGGACAAGCUCCGUGCCAUUUACAACUCUUCCACGAUCCAAUCCGCGAUUUUAGGGGGAAUUUUAGCAUUGCUGUUCUUGUUAAUAAUUUUGAUCGUGAUUUUAAUAGGAAGGCAGGUGGGGUUGUAUAAAGGACAAUAUUUGACCCAGGAGGAUGAGGGGGCCUUGGGCAGUGAUGGGGCGGAUGAGGCCGUUGUGAGGGGCGUGGCGGGGGUGAAGGUGGGGGUCAAGAGGGAGUGGUUUAUUUAGGGGUAUUCACGUGGGUGGGAUUUUUUUAGAGAUUUUAUAUACGCUUGUGGAUAUGGAGAAUUUUAAUCAAUAGGGGUAUUCACCAAGAAUCUUUGCAGCCAUGACUUUAGUAUUUAAAUGAAUCUCCUUUUUAUAUUUAUUAAACUUUUGUAUACCCUUUUUAGACUCGAUGUGUGUACUUAAUUGUUGAGUGAAAUCACGUACUUAACUAGUGUGUAAUAGGGGUGCUCACCUGUGGCACCUCCUAAAUGAAUCUCCCUAUUAUAAGUCAAAUUCUAUAUAUAUAAAUAUUUAAAUACCACGAAAAUAACCAUAGAAACGUAGAAAAAAGUGCUUUAUUAAUCAAUCAAACAUUAACAUUUUAGAGCUUUAAUUAUAAAUACAAAAAUUUUGUAUCCCGGUAUUAGGGGUAUUCACGCCUCCUCUCUCUAAUAGUGAUAAAUGGCCACUAUAAAUCUAUUUAAGUGUUUUUUGUACACCCCUUUUAGAAAAUUUUUAAUAAAUGACAAAAUUUUUAUAGUAAAUGAA